AUGUUAACCCGCGCGCUGAAAGAGGUGAAGCUGCCGUUCCCCGAGGCGUUUUUCCCCGCCGUGCGCGUCUCGAGCGACCGCUCGGACGCUCUGCACACGACAGCGUCCGAGCUCCUGAGCCGCACAUUGACCGCCGAGUGGGCCGAGAGCACGUGCCGCGUCACGCAGCAGGCAGACCAGUGGAAGCGCAUUGGCAGUCGCCAUGGACUCCACGUGUACCGCGAACGCGGCUUCACGCCGGGCGACGCUGUCCAAGUGACGGCCAUGGGCCACGUCGCGGGCGUCCUGGACGACGUCCUGCUCGGGCUCUACGCCUCGACAACGGGCGCGCUCAAGACGCAGCAGGCCAUCCUCCACGGCCGCGACUUCUUGGACGCUGCUGUGCUCCACGUGCUCGAACAAGACGUCUACAGCGAGUACGACACGGGCUUUUCGUACCGCUUCGAAGGCCUCAAGUGGCUCGCGUGCGCCUCGUCGGGCGCGCUCGUGCACAAGCGCGACCUGUGCUGGCACGAAGAGCUCGGCCGCACGCUCGACGCCGAGGGGAACCGCGUGGGGUACCUCGUCAUGCAGUCGGUCGACGUGCCCGCGUGCCCGCCGUUCGACGCCCAGGGCCUCACGCGCGCAACGGCCGCCGUGUGUUACAUCUUCCGGUCGCUGCCGCACAACCGCGUGGCCGUGUACAUGCGCGGCCAGCACGCGGUCGGCGGCAAAGCGCGCAGCUGGGGCGCUGACCCCAUCAUGGCCGAGCUCUGGCUCGGCGUCGCGCGGGCGUUGGACUGCGCGACGGCCAAGCGCUUGUCGGCGCUCGUGCGCGCGAGGCAUCGGCGCAUCGUGGCGACUGCACCCAGGAGCAAGACGUGUGCGUUCUGCAACUCGAAGCUCAAGGUGCUGAAAGCCAAGCAGAACUGCAAGCUCUGCGGCAAGAGCGUGUGCGAACGCUGUCGCGUGGCAAAGACGAUUUACCCGUCGCGCAAGACGAGCACGUUCCCGUGCAGCUACUUCUUCUGCAGGCCGUGUUUGAGUGACACGAAGGAGAAGCUCCUGAGCGGCUCGGCCAUGGCGCCAGUGAGCGCGGACCUCGACGAUGCUUCGGGCAUGUCGGGGUCCAACUGGUCCGAGUCGCCUCGCUACGCGCACACUCCCUCCACUGGACAGUCGGGACUUCGGGUAUUGGCAUCGCCGUCAUCCGAUCCCAUUGCAGUGUACUGCGCGCCGUCGUCGUCACGCCACCGCGUGGGCUUCGCCACCAAGUCUUCGUUCCGGGGCCAUGAAGUCUACUCGUCAACGCCAACGAGUUUCUCGAGCGCACGAUCGACAGUGUCGUCAGAGCCUUCGUUGUCUCUUUACAGCACGCUGUCGACGAACUCGAGUAGCAGCCCCACGAACGACACUAUCAGCAACGCCAAGCGAGCGCCGAGCGUGCGACGAUGUCAGCAAUCGGGUUGGCCAGUGAAGAACCAGACAGCAGCAAGCCCGUCCAGAGAGCAGCGCACGACCAGCGAUUCCGUGCGUCAUGUGGUCUACAGCAAUAGCUGUGUAUCAGGUCAGCACGCUGUAGUCCGUCCAGGCAAUCACUCGUUCAACGACAGCAGAUGUAUUGGCAGCCAGUCGGUUGGCAGCACGUACGACGUUGGGGGAUCCGGGACGUAUCGUGAGCGCGGGUGCGUUAGUGACGAUGGCAAUAUGAGCGACGACGAAUCCUCGAACGAAGAGAAUGAGCGCGUCACAAGCCGCAAGAACCGACGGAGACAGAUGAUCAGCAUUUAUGACGCGAACGAAGGCGGUGUGAUCGAGCUCAGUCGCCAGUCGGAUUUCGAGAGCGGUUCGCCGAACCAAGCGGAGCUGACGGACGUGUUUGAGAACGACAAGCUGAAGUAUAUCAACUCGUUCCGCUCGAACGAUUUGGGAGUGGCUGGCGGCUCAGCAGGUGGCGUCACAUCGUAUUCGAGUAGUUCCAAUGAGCAGGACAACCUCCUGGAGCGACUCAUCCAGAUCAACAUGGCGGCAGAAGCCACGUACUUGAUGACCAAGUACAACUCCAGUAUCCGUAGUGACUCGAUACGAUAG